CUGAUCGCUCAGGAUCCUGUACGUCUGAUCAGGAACGGUGUGUGUGGAGACACGGAGACCUCCUUCAUAAAGCCGCUCAGUUCAUGGAUAUUCCCCUCUGGACAGAGUAAACAGAGAGCGCGAGGGAAGCCGUGUUGAGCUCAGACCAGCCGAGCUGCGUUGUGCUGACAGCAGGACGAGAGACAGACAGAUAGCGACAGAGAGAGAGAGAGACGGCAGUGUGUGAUUUAAUGUGGAAAUCAUCUUCUCUGAGCUCCAUGGCAAACUCUGCAUGCUUGCUGCUGUCCGGCUCCGGGAUGCUGCCUCAUUCGCUGCACGCGCCGCCUGCCUUCCUCUACUUGUCCGAGGGUAAUCAGGAGGCCAGCAAUCCGGUGGACGCGAUGGCCCAGACUUACACCCCGCAGUUCGCUCAUCCCCCGCAGAACGGCAUCCCCGCCGAGUUCACCGCGCUACCCACGCAAGACUACGCAGGACAGAACCGCGUCCCGGAUCACGGCCUGACGCUCUACACACCGGCACAGACUCACAGCGAUCUGGUCAACGCCGACAGCAACACGCCAGCCAUCAGCAGCAACACAGCACCGACGGAAGAUGUGACGCAAACAGAAGUUUCUCAGCAGCUGCUGCAUUUAGAGUCCACGGAAAAACAGCAGCCCAAACGGUUGCACGUCUCCAACAUCCCCUUCCGCUUCCGCGACCCGGAUUUACGGCAAAUGUUUGGGCAAUUUGGGAAGAUCUUAGACGUGGAGAUUAUCUUUAAUGAAAGAGGAUCAAAGGGCUUUGGCUUCGUAACUUUUGAAACGAGCACAGACGCAGAUCGUGCGCGGGAGAAACUAAACGGUACAAUCGUAGAAGGACGUAAAAUCGAGGUGAACAAUGCCACGGCGAGAGUGAUGACGAAUAAGAAAGUAGUAAACCCGUACACAAACAGCUGGAAACUCAAUCCGGUGGUAGGAGCCGUUUACGGACCUGAGCUCUACGCAGUGACGGGUUUCCCGUAUCCCACGGCAGGAGCCACGGUAGCGUACAGAGGUGCUCAUUUACGAGGCAGAGGUCGUGCUGUUUAUAACACCUUCCGUACGGCUGCUCCUCCUCCACCCAUCCCAGCGUACGGCGCGGUGGUGUAUCAGGACGGAUUCUACGGCGCGGAGAUCUACGGUGGAUAUGCAGCAUACAGAUAUACUCAGCCUUCAACAGCUACAGCAUACAGCGACAGUUAUGGGAGAGUCUAUGCAACUACUGACCCAUAUCACCACACCAUCGGCCCGGCAGCUACUUACAGCGUGGGGACCAUGGCGAGCCUGUACAGAGGAGGCUACAGCCGCUUCACACCCUACUAGAGAGACUAAACCACUGAUUACGCAAACUAACACACUAAACCGCUAGACUCGUUCUGCUACAUGGAGUGCGAUUUCAAACUAAAAUGCUUCCAGGUCACCCUAUGACCUCAUCCCGACAACAUUCUCUCAAGUGGACGUUAUGGAAAUCAAUGGGAAAAUCAGAAGAGCAGCUCAUAAAUGUGGAGUUGAUGUCUGAUUUUUUGACGAUUUUUUUUACGUCAGUUUUUGCAUUUGUGUUUGGUCUGCAAAAGCAAGGACAGUAUUUUGAAAUGUGUUUUAAAAUAGGAAGAAUGUGAACUAUCAUGUGGUCCUUUAGAUUUUUGUUUUUCAUUAUUGAUCAUUUUGUUAUGUAUAUAAGCUGCUAGUGUGAAUUCAGACAUGAGACAAAAAUAUCUCAGGACUCUAUUCAACUUUUCUCUUAAUACAAAACCACUCCAGCAGACAUUUAGAUUGACUAUAUCUCACCAGAUAUCGCCAGCAUACUGUAGUCUCAGUGGUCUGAAACUGUGUGUUUGCUGUAUGAAUAAUCUGUUCUUGUAUAGUUGCUGGGAUUUUAUUUGAAGGGUUUCUAUGCAUGCUGGUUCAGAGAUGAGAGGACUCGUCAUGUGUUCGGCCCUCUCACGUUUGCACUAACAGAUUUACCUCUGUAAAGAGUGGACAGGUUUAACUCACGCUAACUAAUGCUGAAUGGAUGUGUGAGUGCUUGUACAUUAACAUAUAAAAGAUUAAACCAUCAUUUCAUAUAUGGGAAUAUUGCAUAAAGUAAUUUUAGAAGUUAACAGAGACUUUGGGAGCAAUAUGUAGAGAGAAAGGAGAUUUUAAAAGCAAGGAGAAAUAAUUAGAUUCAUGAAAAUAUAAGGAAACUUAAGACAUGAUGGGGUUUAAAGAGAUGUGAAAUUUAAAGAGAAAUUUAAAAAUAACUAUAAAUAGUUAGACUUUAGAAAAUAUAUAAGGAGAUGCAGGGAGAUUGAAGGAGAUAUACAGAGAAAUUAAAAAAUAAUAGUUAAAGAUUAAGAAAAUGUUUAAGGAGACAUAGGGAGAUUUAAUAAGAUUUAUAGGGAAGUGAAAAAAAAAAUAUAUAUAUAUAUAUAUAAAUUAUUAUGGUUAAGAAAAUAUGUAGGGAGACAUGGAGAGGUUUAAGUGGAUAUAUAGAGAUUUAAGGGAACAGGAGAAAUAUUUAAAUUUAAGGUAAGACACUACAGGCAAAACAAUGUUUUAUGCCACUGUUCAAUUUUGCGAUUUUGGGCUAGAAUAGUGGAAAUAAAGCAUCCAAAAUACAUAUUUAAGUGUUUAUUUUAUUACACGAUUUUAUUAUUGCGCUUUAUUUGCAUCUGCAGAUUUCAAUUAGAAUAUAUAUCUUUAAAUCUGAUUUCUUAAAAGUUUUUUUUUCUCCCCCCUCUUCAGUUUUACCUACAUACAACAAACUUAACAUAUUUAUUCCUCUCUAUAUUCUGAAGGUUCUUAUAGAGGGGUUUGUUCAUAUAUAAUUCACUUGAUUUUAUUGCACUGCAACUAUUUAUGUCUGUAGAUUUCAAUUACAAUACAUAUCUUUAAAGACAGUUUUCACAAAAUGAAUUUAUUUCUCCACUUCAAUAGCACUUAAAUAUACCAAAUUUUAGAGUUUUAUUUCUAUCUAUAUUCUGAAAGUUUUUACAGAAGGGUUUGUUCAUACGUCAUUUGCUUGAUUUUAUUGUUGCACUUUAUUUGCGUCUGUAGAUUUCAAUUACAAUACAUAAAAUACUUUUUUUUUUUUCGAAAUGAGUUUAUUUCUCCACAUUAGAAGCACUCACAUACACCAUAUUUUACAGUUUUAUUCCUAUAUACAUUCUGAAGGUUUUUAUAGAGGAGUUUGUUCAUAUAUCAUUUGCACUGAUAUUACAUUUUAUUCCUAAAAACAUGAUGAAAAUGUAUUUUUAUUUCUGGCUGUUGAAGGUAUUUUCUAAUUUAUGGAGUGACAAAAAGAGAUAUUAAAAAUCUCUUCUGUAAAAUCCUUCAACUCUAAUAUGUCAACAAAAUCAAACUAAUUUUUUUAACCUGGCUUUAUCCACUGCUAUUCUCUGGAAUUUUUUCAAAUAAGUGCAUAUUUAUUUAGAAAAUGCCUCAUUUGCGUAUUUAAACAUAACCUUUCUGAACAAUUGUAAUACAACACAGUUUUCUUAAUAUACUAUAUGUAUGAUGAAAUAUUAGCGCAAAUUUUUACUCUGUUCACCUGUAGUGUCUUACCUUAACAAAAGGUAGUGAGGCAAAAAGAAUCAUAGAAAAGUAUAAAGAAACCUAAAGAGACAUGAGGAGAGCAGCUGUCUGCUGACAGUUCCUUGUCUUCAUCAGAUGUCAUGGGAAGGUCCUGCACUUCCUUUUCCUCUCCAGACCUUCAAUCUGAAUGCAGUAAUGAUUAAAUGUGAAUCAGUUCAGACCGAAUGUCUCUACCUCACUGAUUCAAAUGCAAAACAUGGAUAGAGACCUUAAGUAGUGCGACACUUGUAAGAAUUAAGAUGCAAACUCUCAAAAUCACAUCCCUGAGCUCAUGUUUUGAUGCUUUGGACUGAAUUCAGCUCUCAUGAGCUGAAAAUUGUCAUUUGAUUAACAUAAUUAGGGCUAUAUCCUUAAGGUGUACGUUUAAACUUAACUUUGAGUGAAGUGUAUUCAAAGUUAACAAUGUUUACACACAAACAUAUCAGCAGAAUCUUUAAAGACAUUUCCUUUUUUUUCCCAGAUCUGCUGCAGAUUUUUGCGUCUCUUAAAGUCAGUGUCACAUUCAUUUAUAACUUUUCUUUUAUGGUCUCUAGGGACUUAGUUUGCUGUUUUGAGAGAGGUCUUGUCAUUUUUCAUUGUGUAAAAAUUGCAUCUCCAAUUGCAGUUACAUCUUCUCUGAAGGGAAAUUGCAUCAAAGUGUAAUAGAAUAGUUUACACUCCAGUAUUAAUCAUGUUUUUGCACUGAAUUGCAGUAUAUGCAAGUCUCCAACAGACAGCUGCUCUCAGUUUUCCUCUCUGUAUCUCCUGCGCUUUUAUUCUGCUUCGACCUGUUAAUGUUGCUGCUGCUGCUGCUGAUGAAGUUCAACCAGAAAGAGCCUCUGUGGAUGUGAAAGAUGUGAUUUGUUGUUUUAUUUCCACUGUGUCGACUCACAUUAAUGUACAAAGAACCAGCAGACGGUAAACUAUACAUAUGUAUUUGCUUAUUGUUUUAAUAUAUUAAGUACUCUUAUAACUAUUCUGCAGCUCAUAAAGUCAACAUAUCAGCACAAGGAUUGAUAUGAUUAUUACUCACGUCUAUGAAGUCUUCAGGUCUCGACUCAUUCAGGCCAGCAUGUUUACCUGCUGUUUGAGCAAAAAAAAUAAAAAAUAUAAGGCACUUAGAGUUGGG